UAGCAUCGAGGCAGAUCGAGGCGCGCUGCUCGGCGAGCAUCCGAUAUCGCGGUCACGUGGAUGCCGUAUACGCGUCUCCACGCUUGCGGCUCUCCGUCGAAAUCCACCGCGCCUUCGCGUGCUCACGCGUGUCAAUGCAGCCCGCUCCCGUGCUCUUUCUGAUGUCAGCUCGCAUGAGAGGGCAAUGAGAGGGCAAUACGACAGCUCUUCGCAGUCCCCUCACCUGGACCCGUCAUGGCCGGUUUGGAACGCAAAGUUCAUCAGCCCAUUCACCCGGAUGUGCUGCCCAAGCUCGACCCUGAGUUCGCCGCUUUCUGGAAUGCUACUGAUGCGUACAACACUCCGCUAGAGCUUCGUCCUUGGGAUCCUGCAUGCCGCCAUGGACCCCACGUACUCGGCGGAUCGGAGCCUCUACAGGUCGGCGAGGUGGAGGACAUAGACCUUGGCAAAUUCAACGUGCGGGUCUUUACGCCGGAGGGCACCGCCCCAGAGCAAGGGUGGCCCGUUUUCAUCUACUUUCACGGAGGCGGUUGGACCUUGGGUAAUAUAACAACUAACAAUGCCUUCGCAACUAACGUGUGCAAGCGUGCGAACUGUGUGGUUGUCUCCGUUAACUACCGUCUCGCUCCCGAGGACCCGUAUCCUGCGGCUGUUGAGGACGCCGUAGAAGCGCUGCAAUGGGUCUAUCGUGAGGGUAAAGCUCGACUCAAUGCAGAUUUGUCGAGGCUUGCGGUUGGCGGAUCAUCCAGCGGAAGCAACCUCGCCGCGAUUCUUGCGCACAAGGCUGUUCAAUUCGAGCCUCCCAUUCCCCUUAUAUCCCAGCUGCUUGUCGUUCCGGUCAUUGAUAACACCGCAUCACCCACGGGUGUUCCAUACAAAUCCUGGGCAGAGAAUGCGAACACUGUCCAGCUGACACCUGCAUUCAUGCUGUGGUUCCGCGACAACUACCUUCCGAACGUGGCCGACCGUGCGGCAUGGGAAAGCUCGCCUAUUUAUGCCCCGGAAGCCUCGUUCAGGAAGCUGCCGAAGGCGUGCGUCCAGGUGAUGGAGCUUGAUAUUUUGCGCGACGAGGGAAUUGCGUACGCGGAGAAGUUGAAGGAUCAUGGAGUUGAAGCUGAAGUCAUACUUUACAAGACGGCUCCUCAUCCGAUCUUAUCUAUGGACGGGUAUGAAAGACAGUUCAACAUUGGAAGACUUACUGAUGUGUGCGCUUAGGGUCCUGGAACUCGGCCGGCGCUGUGUCGACGAUGCUGUUCAGGCAGUAGCGCAAGCUUUCGGCACGAUAUGAAAUAGCUGGCAACAGAGAACAACUGUCACCUGUAAUUGCGUAAUACGCGUGUUGAAUCAUGGCGCCACGAAUAUCACCUUCAGCCCACAAUAGAAGCCCGCAGUGCCAACGAAGGCGGUACAGUUGAUGUACGCACGGCGGACCAGUCGAAGCCAAUACGAUGCUCGACCUUGCAAACGUCCAUGAUAGCUGCGCGCUGGAUGAUACACAACGUGUCGCAGUGUAUAGUUUCGCGGACGACGCAGUGAGCACUGAGC